GCAGACGAAGAAGAAGAAGAAGCGUUGGGACCGGAGUUCUCUUGUUGAAUGACAUUUUCUUUUCUUAAAUUCGUUUCUCUGCUUUGAGGAACCGCUCGCCGCAAUCACGUGCAGGGUCGCGAGUUUUUUGUCACAUCUGGACCGGCUGCUUCUCCCCCUCCCAUACUCCUCCCUUGGAAAAUAAAAGAUGCGGGACCGAACUAAAGAAUUAGGAAACAAGGCAGAGGAUUCAGACGAGGACGAGGAGGCAAAACCACUUAUGGUCAAACCGGGAACCUCUUCGGCCAAAGAGGACAAGGAGAACGAUGCCUUCUUCAAGAAGGUACAGGAAAUCCACGAGGGUCUGCAGAACCUCAAACAGAUGGUGUCAAAACUGGAGAACAUACAAAAGACCGUGCUCGGGGUACCGGUGCCCGACGAGAGUAUGAAGAAAGAGCUGCAGACUCUCCGAGAGGAGAUCAAAACGUUAGCGAGUCAGAUCCAGAGGAAGCUCAAGAGUAUUGAACUGAAGAAGGGAGACGAGGACGACAAAUACGUCCCCAUAAACACCCGGAUGCAGCGGACCCAGCACGGCGUCCUGUCGAAGGAGUUUGUGGAGCUGAUGGGUCACUGCAGCACCAUACAGUCCCAGUACCGGGACCGCAACGUGGAGAGGAUACAGAGGCAGCUGAAAAUCACUGGGUGCAACGUGACUGAAGAGGAGCUGGACACGAUGCUGGAGAGUGGCCAGACAAAUGUUUUCACCCAAAACCUCCUGAACGACGCCCAGGCCACCAAGACCGCUCUGAACGAGAUCGAGUCGCGGCACGACGAGAUCGUGAAGCUGGAGCAGAGCAUCAGAGACCUGCACUCCAUGUUCCAGUACCUGGCCAUGGAGGUGGAGGCUCAGGGAGAGAUGGUGAACCGGAUCGAAAAGAACAUUAUGGAAUCGUCCGACUACGUGGAGAAAGCGAAGAUCAACACCGAGAAGGCCGUCACUUAUCAUCAGAAAGCACGAAAGAAGAAGCUCUGGAUAGCGAUCUGCUUGGGCAUCCUCAUCCUCAUCCUAGUCAUCUCAUUGCUCUCAGUCUUCGGCGUCUAACACCAGGCCUCCUGAGCAGAUGGCUGUAGACGUGUGGGGAAGAAAAUCCAUUUUAUGUAAAUAACGUCAUCCCACGGGAUGAUCGGACAUCAUCCUUCCGCUGUUCCAUAUUCGUCGUCCUCUAACGGGCCUUUUUUCUUUUUAAAAGAACAAAUGUGCCGUGACAUCAGGUAGCUUCGCCUCCGACAUACAAAAUAAAAUGAGGAACGAAGUGCCCUUGAUAUAAGCACAAUGCAGUAUGGCCUGAUCGUAUUGUACUCAGGAAGCAGUGUCUCGUUACGUCAUUUCCGGAUUAGAGGCGCCAAUAGCAAUUUCUUUUAUAGCCAAGCAUACUAAUAUAAAUUGUACAUAACCUCGCAUUGCUGAUUAAGAAAUUAGUCAUGCAUUUUUCUAAAACGUGAAAGAUAUUUUAAACUUCCUACAUGGAACAAAUGUAAAUAAGUUAUGUUUAGCCACACUCUUAUUUUACACAAGUGGCUCAGCACUGGAUGAAUAAAAGGCUCUCUUGUAUUCAUAUUUAUGAUUUAAACCAUUUGUGAGCUGCUGCAACCUCACACGCCUUAUACCAUGACGUUCUGAACAAGGGAAGGAGUGCGUUUCUGCCUCGGUUACGCUAAAGACGAUCUUUCUUCACACUGCUUGUUACGUUUGAUUAUGUGGGGUUGGAACCCCGGAGCAAGUGAUGUAUUGUCGUGUAAAGAAAACCAAAACUUGUCAUUAGAUUCUGUCCUUUGGAAGUAAAAAGUUGACUUAUCUGUAAUAUUACACUUGUUGAAUUUUGCAUCACCCAUUUUAUCAGUGACUUGUAUGAUUAGUUAAUACAAAUGUGUCCCAUCUUUUACAGUAUUUUGCACCACUAAUAAACAAGCUGCAUCACAAUGAAAAA